UAUUUUCCAAUAUUACACAGAGAAUGAACUCAAAAAAGCAAGCUGAUAUACCGAUAUUUUCAAAAGAGAACCCGUCAUUGAGGAUGUCGCUAAAUUCGAGGAAUGCAAGCUACUCAGCAACCCCAAGAAGCAUGGGGCUAUCUAGAUUUCCAUCUGCAAUGGAUUCACCUGCUAAUAUCCUGAAAUACCAUCAGAACAACAUGAAUGCGAAUAACAAGUCAACCUCAUUCCUAAAAUCAGAUAGUGAGAUGUACAGAGAGCAACUUUGGAACAACAUGAGCAAACAAAAGUCUAUAAAUAAUAACAUGUUUGUGGAUAUGGCUGAUUUAUCAGACCAUACUCCUCCCAACAUGACUCUUCCAAAUAGAGUCCUUACUAGGAGCGAGUCCAAGCUGCGGUUCGGUCAAGCUCCUCCAGUCUUUGGAAUGCAGAAGGAUGACAGCAUGAUGUCUUUCAUGAACUUCCAAAUGGCACCAGAAACACCUACUCUUAGAGAAAAGUCCGUCAAAGCCAAGAAAAUGGAGAAGAUCGAAGAGAACCAUCAUGAUACCAUGGAAGAAAUCAAGCCAAAGAAGGAAACUCUGCAAAAAGAAAAAUCAAUGAAAGGAAUCCAAAAGGAACCAAAAGAGGAAUCCAAAGAAGAAGCUAAAGAAGAAGCCAAAUUACCCACUUCGGAAGCAUCAGGAUCUGAUAUAGAGGAAGCUAAACAUGCGAAGCCGACUAAGGAGAAGAAGAAAAAGAAGAAGAGAAGGAGGGAUGUUAUAUUUUAAAACCAUUCUCCGAGAGUGCCGUCGUUACUUUCAGGUGCAAAUUUCAGAUCUCACAGGGUUUAUUUCGUCUAAAUAAGGUCAGAAACGAUGACUAUAUGUACAAUUGAAUGGAGAAGUUCAAUAAAGAAUUUCUAAAAUUACCAGGAACUUUUGAGCAAAACUUCUAUCUUGCUUGUUUAUUAUACCCUCAAGAUCUUACAAGAAAUAUUGACUUAUUUAUUAAAAUGAAGAAGGGCCAAAAGAAUAAGAAGGCCAAAUGGAAGGAUGCUGCGAGUAGAGUUCAUGAAACUUUAUACAAAUACUCUCAUGAUAAACUCGAUUACUUCACAUCACUCCCAGAGAUAGCAUUUUUGUUCUGCUAUUUUUAUGACAAAGGAGCCGGAGCAGAGAAACAAGACCCAAAAUUUGCUGAAGAAUAUGAAAUUAUUAGGAGUAAAUGCAUGGAUACACUCAACAGGAAUUAGCUCACAAUGAGUUAUUGCCAAUUAAAUUUAUUUCAAAACCGAAAUCAUCUUUGGCAAUGAUAAGAAAGAAAACAGGCGGUGAAAUAUAUUUCUCAAUCGGUUACCCUCC